GCACAGCCUGACCUCAUGUCUGUUCCAACUUCUUCCUGUUCAACACACAAUGCCACAACUCAACUAAACUUGCAGGUCUGCCCACAGCUGGCCACACAAUUACAAUACAAUAUUGAAACACAAUCUUCUCAGAUUCAAGAUACCACAUCCCAGCGAGAGGACGUCCUGGAGUGGGAAUUUCUGACAGGAAAAUACCUGUUCUCCUCCUCAGACAGGCAGCCCCCCCCCCGCCGAGGGAUGGACUCCUCUCAGAAACAAGCGCUAGAUGACAUCAUCAUGCAGGUGAUGGAGAUGAUCAAUGCCAACGCCAAGACCCGGGGCCGGGUGAUUGAUUUCAAAGAGAUUCAGUACGGCUACCGGCGGGUCAACCCGCUGUACGUCCUGGACCUGCUGCUGCUCUACAAGAAGCACCAAGGAAAGACCAUGACCGUUCCCGUCAGGAGACACGCCUACCUGCAACAGACCUUCAGUCAGAUCCAGGUCCGGGAGGAGGAGGAGAUGGACGCCGGGACUCUGGCCAGUCACAUCAAUAAAGAGUCAGACUCCCUGUCCUUUCUGUCCAACUCCCUGAAGAUGUUGGUGCCCUUCAAGCUGGCCGCUUCCGGGCUGGACCAGAGGGAACCUAAAGAAAGUAAAGUCAACAUCUUAGUACCUCUGUUGGGGCGCUAUGACAUAUUUGUCCGCUUUAUGGCCAACUUUGAGCGUGUGUGUCUCAUCCCCAACCUGAACGUAAAGCUGCUGGUUCUGCUUUUUAGUACAGACAACAACACAGAACGGGUCAAGCAGGUGGAGCUGAUGAGGGAGUACCACCUGAAGUACCCGCACGCUGACAUGGAGAUCAAGCCCGUAGCAGGUUCUUUCUCCAGGGCGCUGGCUCUGGAAGUGGGCUCCACCCACUUUACCAACGACUCCUUGCUCUUUUACUGUGACGUGGAUCUGCUCUUUUCAGGAGACUUUCUGAAGCGAUGUCGGACAUACUCCACCCUGGGGGAGCAGGCUUACUUCCCCAUCAUCUUCAGUCAGUACGACCCCAAAGUGGUGUAUGCUGGGAAGGUCCAGAGCAACAACCACUACGUCUUCAUCUCCAAGAGGGGUCUGUGGAGGACCUACGGCUUUGGCAUCGUCUGCGUCUACAAAGGAGACCUGGUUCGGGCAGGAGGCUUCGAUACCUCCAUUCAGGGGUGGGGCUUGGAGGACGUAGACCUUUACAAUAAAUUCGUUCAGUCAGGCAUUCGGUUGUUUCGCAGUACGGACACUGGUAUUGUGCAUGUCCACCACCCAGUGGUCUGUGACCCCAACCUGGAGGCCAAGCAGUACAAGAUAUGUCUGGGCUCCAAAGCCUCGUCGUACGGUUCCACGCAGCAGCUGGCGGAGCUGUGGCUGGAGAAGAACGACCACGGCUUCAGGAGGCUGGUCAGCAACGACUCGGUCAGGACAGCGUAGAGGCAGCUGGAGGCUGUCUGCCACCCCACUGCUCCGCCAGCUGCGUCCGAGGAUGUCAUCACGCUGCUGAGAAGGUGACGUGUUCAUGUGGCCCCGCACACACAAGGAGGAGGUGGACCCACAGCGCUCUGGACAAUGGCCCCGCAGAUCUUCAGGAUGGCGUGAACGCUGUCUGUCUCCUUUUCUAUUUCAUGAAAGUUUUCCUGUUUUUAUUUAUUGAGAUGACCAAGACGCUUAGCGGGACGCCCUGCAGGCCCGGCUCUUGAUCUGGGUUUGUUCAAAGAGCUUGAGAUACUGCUGUGCACAUGUGCACACAUGCACUCAUUUUCCACGUCCUUGCUCAGACUUUGGGAGGAAACUCCUGAGGCUGAAGCGGCUCUGGGGUGGGGUGGGUUAAUGGCUCUUUUUUUAAUUAAACUCACUUGUUCAAAAAAAAAAAAAAAAAAAAAAA